AUCAUAUGAGUGUCAACUUAAACAUCAAUGGAAAAUAAGUUAAUUGUAAACCAACUGAAACAUUUGGUGAUCUUUUUGAUGAACAUGUUAAUUCUGGUAAAUUUUAAGAUAAAGUUUGGAAAAUAAAUGGUUAAAUAAAAUCUAAUAUCCUUAAAAACACAAAGUUAAAUUAAUUCAUUUAAGGAAAUGAAACUAUUUAAUGCUUAGUAAUUAAUAUUAUUAAAUAUUUUAGGAUAAAUAAUAAGCUAAUCAAUUUCCUAAUUAAAUUGGUUAAUCUGGUCCAAUUAUGGCACCUUAACCACAAUCACCCUUUAUACCCGUUGCAUAGCCUACACCAUCUUUUAUUUCUACUUAAUAACCAUCAUCACCAUUUUAAUAACAACAAUAAAUGUAAAAUUAACCAUAACCUGUAUUAAAUUAAUAAUAACCUUAAUUUCCAUCUAAAACAGGUCCUACAAAUGUAUAAAUUGCUCCAUUAUAAUAAUUUAAUAAACCAAAUAUUAGUGAAUAAUUAUAAAAAUAAGCAAAUUAAGUGAUAAUAAAUAAACCAAAUAUAAAAAGAUAAUAAAUAGAUGAUAGAAGUGGUCAAUAAGAAAUAAGGUAUUUUNAUCUCAAUUGACAGCUUCACUACCAAAAAAGGAUAAUAAUGAACUAAGUCCUAGUAGUUAAUCUUCUAGUAAUAAUUUAGAAAUUGUGUAGUAAGAUGAAAUUAAUCACAAAGCAGAUUUUGAUAGAGUAGUUCAAAAACUUAAAAAAGCAUUUUCCAUCCUGAAAAUUCUAAAAAUAUUAUACGUAAAAACAACAUGAGAUAAAGUGUUGCUGUAUUAGCAUAAUACUUUAAGCAAUUGUUUGAUUUCGAAGUGAUAACAGUUGAUAGAAGUUAUAAUUCAGAUUCUGGAUUUGUAAGUAUAAAGGCAGAAAAGAAAACAUAAACAUAAGAAAUAGGGUUAAAAUAUUUUCAAUUUAUCAAGCUAUUGGGACAAGGAGCUUUUGGAUGAGUAUUUUUGGUGAAAAGAAAACAUCAGGAGAUUUGUAUGCGAUGAAAAUUAUAGUUUGGGCUUAAAAAGUUUGCAGAUGAAUUUAAUAUUAAUUAGUAAUUGGAAACAAAAUUAGACACAUUGAAAGCUGAAAGAAAUAGUUUAGAAAUACUCUCAGGAGAAUUUGUUGUGAAAGCUUAUUUUUCUUUUAGUCAUGAAUAAUAUUUGUGUUUUGUCCAAGAGUACAUAAUAGGAGGAGAUUUUUCUCAUAUUUUAAAGAUGUAUACGGUAACUUAAAUAUAUAUUUAAAGGCUUUAGAUGAAGAAUAUGUAAGGCACUAAAUUGCUGAAAUAGUUUUAGCCCUUGAGUAUCUAAGAUCUAAGAAAAAUUGUACAUAGAGAUUUAAAACCUGA